GAAAUUUGAUAGUGUAAUAACGGCAUAUGGCUGCGGUCACAGUGGCUCCGUUAUCAUUCGGAUUCCGCCGACGGCCAGUCUUUUCACUACGGCGCCCUCUCACUACAGCCGAACUUAUUUCCCAAACGUACAGUCUUCGGACGACAAUUGAUGAAAUUAUUCGGUCAAAUCGACCGACGUUCUCGUACGCGAAAUAUAGAGCGCUAGAAACUGUAUAUGUAGGAGAGAUCCAUAAGAUAACCACAUCCCCCAGAACCCUCAAAGUGCCAGAAGUCUGGAGGCAGACACACAACAGCAACAUGGCAUCAGAAUCAGAGUGCAGAGGCGGGUGUCUCGUGACUGCUGAAGAAAUCGCAGAGUAUCGGAGCUGUGAGAUGCUUGAAGCUCCUGCUUCCACUGUCACUUCUGUUUCACGAGAUGACAGUGACACAAUUCCCCAGUCGUAUGUGUCUGCUACUAAUUUGAACACACAGCAAUCAGAAACUGCAGUUUCCUACAAGGCUGAGAGAGUAGCGCACGGCACGGGCGCCUGGCACUUGAGCAUCGAUGACUUGCCCGAUGUUAUACUGAUAAAGAUAUUCUCUCACCUGUCUUUCAGAGAGCUAGUAGAUGUGGUGCAGAAAGUGUGCUGUCGUUGGAAAAUGUUGUCCCAAGAAGCGGAGUUGUGGACUGAUAUGGAAUUCCGUAUCAAGUACAGCAGUGAUUACGAUGACAUGUGGAAGGGUGUAAAGACUGACGGGGAGGCAAUACGGACUUUCUGCGAUCUCCCGAACUUGCGUAAUGUUCGCGUGUUUCGCCCUGCCAAAUCCCGUGUUUUCCGUGCGCUCUACAACAGGUGUCGCAGACUGUCGACGCUGCGCCUGCACGCCGCACAGAAGCUCAGCUACUCGGUGUUGGAAAACUUAGUUGAGAAGUGCUCCAGAAUACGCACACUACGGAUAUCCAACGAACUGCUGAAGUCUGAGAAAUUUUCGGACACAGUGUCACGCCUACAGGACCUCCGGGUGCUGGAGGUGGCAAUGAACUUAAAGGAACCCAUUCCUGUGCUGUGGCCUUUGGGUGACGGGUGCCCGCGACUAGCAGAGGUUGACUUUGUGUACACAACUUUCGAUAUGGACGAUUUGAAAUACUUCCUGAACGCCAAGAGGAACACCCUGAAGCGCAUACGUAUAAAUUCGGAGGCAGUGAUUGGAAAACGGACUGGUGGGCUGCCAAAACUGAGGCUUCUGAAUCUACGAGCGGGUCGCAGCCUGGACGAUAGCACUGUAAUUGCCAUCAGCCAUGGUUUCCCCACUUUACGGGAACUUUGCGUCAGACAUUCUGAACUACUGUCUGACACUGCAUUCUCACAGAUCUGCCAUCUGGAACACCUUGAAAUAUUGGACGUGUCAGGUUGCACAGGUCUCGGCGGGACAUUUGUCCCCUACCUCGUCAGGCUACCACAACUUCACACAUUGGUCAUGGAAGAACUGGAGUUUCCGAAGCUGCUACCGGGUCUGAGCAGUAUCCUCGAAUUGUCCGGUUUGCGCGCACUGUCACUCAGCUGGUCCCUUGUUUCUGGAGUGCCAUUUGAUAGAUUUCCAGGAAAUCUUGUCAGUCUCAGGGAGCUGACUGUACACUGGUGCAGAGGUGAUCCUAAAGCCACAGAUGGGCUGACUGAGCAGAUGCCCAAGCUUAAAAUUCACGGCUACUUUGAAGACGAGGAGCCAGACAGUGACAGUGAUGAUAGCAGCAGGAGCAACAGCAGCAGUCAUCGUGAGAGCGAUAAUGAUGAAAGCAACAUAUCUGUUCUCUUUCAAGAGGAUGUAUAAAAGUGAUAUGAUAUUUAUAUACAAGUUUGUAACAUACAUAUACAAGUUUGUAACAUCUUGGCUCGAACUAUGUAACUUGAUCACACCUUUCAUUAUUGAACAGUCAAAUUUUUGUAAGAUUUUUGCUAAACUGGCUUUGCUGUAAUUUCAUGUUAACAAAGGCAAAAACUGUUUUGAAGCAGCCACGCGGUUGGAAGUGCAAUGUCACGGUUUGUGUGGCCCCUCCCACUGGAGGUUCGAGUCCUCUCUCGGGCGUAUAUAUAACUUCCACAUGGGAAAAAUAUAUUAAAAACAAAGAUUCCAAGACUUACCAAGCGAGAAAGUGCCAGUAGAUAGGCACAAUGAAUAAAACACACAAACACACACACAGAAUUUCGAGCUUUCGCAACCGGCGGCUGCUUCGUCAGGAAAAGGAAAGAUGAAAGGAUGUGGGUUUUAAGGGAGAGGAUAAGGAGUCAUUCCAAUCCUGGGAGCGGAAAGACUUACCAUAGGGGGAAAAAGGGAUAGGUAUAUAUACGCGCGCGCGCGCGCGCGCACACACACACACACACACACACACACACACACACACACACACACACACACACACACACACACACAAGCAGACAUAUUUAAAGGCUGUGUGUGUGCGCUGUGCGUAGUAUAAGUUAGAUCAAGUAGUGUGUAACUCUAGGGACCGAUGACCUCAGCAGUUUGGUCUGUAAGGAAUUCACACACAUUUGAACAUUUUGUUUUGAAGGAAGGAAAUUGCAGAUUAUUUUGGAAAUCAGUAGCUAAUAAUAAUAUUACAGUAAAACCGCAUUUUUAUGUUUCCACUUUUUACAUGCAUUUUUGUCAGUCCCAAUAGAAGUUCUGUUCUCUCAAUACAAUGCUUUCCUGUUAAUGAUUCCAUGUUGCAACAUUUUCCACUUUUAAGUUUUCUUCAAAGUUAUUCAUCAUGUAAUGUAGUGUUACAACAGGAAGCAAGAUUUCAUUGUCAGCAUGUUGGAUCAGGGCUGCCUUUAAUAUAGGUGGAAAGCAUGCUGAAUCACUGCAUUAAUGAUAACUGUAAUCUGAUGAUAGUGACUCUGCUAACAACCUUCCUUCUGCUCGUUGCAUUUGACUACAACAGAUUUAAUUUAAUUUCACAGUAAAUAAAAACUGCUUGUGAAGACAGCCAUCUCUGGUUUUCUCAUUGUUACUUCCACAGGAAAUAUGCUAAUCCGUACUAAGUGCAUGGUCCUCGGUUGGUACGACGUGAUGUCGGGCGUAAUAAAAGAUGCUCCGUAACAUGAUGACAAUUUCUGCACCCGUUCUCACCCAGGACAUCCUUGAGCCGAGUGACCCUAGCAACAAGCUUCAGAUUUUGUGCCUAUUGUACUCAGUCUUUGUAAACAGAGAACUUCAGUGUUUUAAAUAAUAUUAUGUUAAGUGUUAUUUAGCAUAAUUUUGUAAUUAAUAUCAAUAAUAAGUCUUGCAUUAGAAAAUGAAUAUCUUUUUAAUGUGGUUUUGUAAAAAACUUGGCUUGCAUGUUUCAGAUUUUUUAAAUAGACAAAGUUUAAGUCAUGUUAACUUCAUAUUUUGAAAAAUAUAGAGACUGAUGGAGUAA